AUGUCAUUCGAUGCGGCCGGCAUCCACCCAAUCCCGUCCAACUCCCAAGACCGACUCCUCAGCGCAUCAUGUCUAGAUUUCCUCCUCAUCGAGCUGGUCCCGAUGGCAGAACGAAUAGCGAAAGAUCUCGCAGCAGAUGAAAGAUUACUGGACGACGAAGAAACGAAAGAAACGGCGUUUUCCCGCCUCGAGUCCCUGGGCUAUAGAGUCGGGCAAGGUCUUGCGGAAAGGUUCUCCCGGGAUCGACCGCGAUUCACAGAUAACUUGGAUGUCAUCAAAUUCCUGUGCAAGGACUUAUGGAUGACAUUGUUCAAGAAGCAAAUCGAUAAUUUAAAAACAAAUCAUCGCGGGGUUUAUGUUUUGACAGACAAUUCCUUCCGUCCUUUCGCGAAAAUGAGCAUGUCCUCAAGGAACGAGGCACUAUCCAGGGCGCAAGCGUAUCUCUGGUUUCCUUGUGGUGUCAUUCGUGGUGCAUUAUCAAACUUGGGCAUUCAUACGACUGUCCAGGCGGAAACCACGGAACUUCCUGGGGCCACCUUCCAGGUAAAGACAAUCAACAAAUAG